GUAUCUGAUCGGCCAGGGGGCCAGCGUGGGGGUGGUGAACAGCGAGGGGGAGACGCCACUGGACAUUGCUGAGGAGGAGGCCAUGGAGGAGCUCCUGAAGAAUGAGAUCAACCGACAAGGCGUGGACAUCGAGGCGGCCAGGAAGGAGGAGGAGCGGAUCAUGCUGAGGGACGCCCGGCAGUGGCUCAACAGCGGAACCAUCAACGAUGUCCGACACGCCAAGUCCGGGGGGACUGCACUCCACGUCGCCGCCGCCAAGGGAUACGCAGAGGUUUUAAAGCUUUUAAUCCAAGCAGGGUAUGAUGUAAAUAUUAAAGACUUUGACGGCUGGACCCCGCUCCACGCUGCUUCACAUUGGGGCAAAGAGGAGGCCUGCAGGAUACUGGUGGAGAACCUGUGUGACAUGGACCUUAUCAAUAAAGUGGGUCAGACAGCUUUUGAUGUGGCAGAUGAAGAUGUCCUUGGCUAUUUAGAGGAAUUACAGAAGAAGCAGACUCUGCUCAAUAGUGAAAAGAAGGAUGUUAAGAAGUCUCCCUUGAUAGAAACGACAACCACUGGGGACAACAAUCAAAAUCUAAAAUCCAUUAAGAGCAAAGAGACCCUCCUCCUGGAGCCCGAGAAGCCCGCCCCGCGCAUCGAGACCCUGGAGCCGGAGAAGGUGGACGAAGAAGAGGAGGGCAAGAAGGACCAGGAGUCCAGCUGCUCCAGCGAGGAGGAAGAGGAGGAAGACUCUGAGUCUGAGACUGAAGCCGACAAGAGCAAGGCGCCUGUCCCUGUGAGCAACAGUAACGGCACUACUGUGGUGCCAGCGCCGACCAGCGUUACGGCGUCCUCCACCUCCCCAACCAGCCCCACUAACCAGGUGACUCCCACCUCGCCUGUCAAGAAGUCUGAUUAUAUUACUGCCCUCAUGCCUGUGGCGGAGCCAAGCUGUCCUGCAUUGUGGCGUCAAGGCUUGCGCAAAACUGGCAUUUCUCUUGUGCCCAAAAAACCCAUGGUGGCCCAGCAGGUGUCCCCUGCCGGUAAGGUCUCUCCUAAAGAGGUCUCCCCUAAAGAUAAACAGGAGGAUGACAAGACUAAGAAAUCGGACGUGUCCCCGGCGUCGUGGCGCCUGGGCCUGAGGAAGACGGGCAGCUACGCGCUGGCGGAGAUCACAGCCACUAAGGAGGCCCAGAAGGAGAAGGACACGGCCGGGGUGAUGCGCUCGGCCUCCAGCCCCCGCCUCUCCUCCUCCCUGGACAACAAGGACAAAGAGAAGGAAAAAGACAAAGGAGCCAGACUUGCCUACGUUGCCCCCACCAUCCCCAGGAGACUGGCCAGUACAUCAGACGUUGAUGAGAAGGAGAACAGGGACUCUGCUGCUAGUCUGGUACGUAGCGGCUCCUACACCAGGAGACGCUGGGACGAUGAGCUGAAGAACAGUGAAGGAAGCUCCACCAACCGAACAACACCCAGCUAUCAGCGCAGCACGUCCCACACGCUAACGCUAGGGCGGAGCGGCAGCACGCGGGACGUGCCAGCCAAGUCCUCGUCCGCCUCCAGCUUGGACCCUAACACCUGUAACACUAAACUCUGGCAGUCGCCCGCCUCCCACUACCAGUCUUACAGCAUUUACCGCAGUGGUUCCUUUGGCAGGAGGCACGAGGACCUGGGUUCGACCACCUCUUCCUCCACUAGCACCACCACCACCUCGUCUGUUACCUCGCCCACCGGCCACCGUGACCGAAGCCUGCUCUCCAGCCUGGGCUCCUCCACCCGCACCGGAUCCUCCAGCCUCACCAGCAGGUACUGGGCAGAGGAGAGUGCGGAGAGGGAAAAGGAGCGUGAGAAGGAGUCUGCGGCUGUCAUCCCUACGAUUAACACUGGUUCUACCACCACCACCACGUCCACUACUGGCACUAUCAUUGGCUCUGACGGCAGGGAGAGACGCAGGUCCGACACGCGCACAUCGUACCUCACGCCUGUCCGGGAUGAAGAGUCUGAGUCCCAGAGGAAAGCCCGCUCCAGACAGGCUAGACAGUCCAGGAGGUCUACCCAGGGUGUGACUCUGACUGACCUCCAAGAGGCAGAGAAGACCAUCGGCAGGAGCCGCCCCACACGGACCCGGGAGGAGGAGAAGGAAGAGACCGAGAAACAAGACAAGGAGAAGAAGGAGACUGGUGAGACCAAGGAGGACGACUACCGGUCCAGGUACCGCAGCUUCGAAGAGACUUACCAGCGAUACCGUCCCUCCACCACUUCAACCACCUCCACCCUGAGCACGGCCUCCACCCCGUCCUCCUCCACUUCCCUGUCCACCUCCUCCAGCUCCCUCAACAGGCCCAACAGCCUGACGGGCAUCACUUCCUCCUCCAGCUCCCUCAACAGGCCCAACAGCCUGACGGGCAUCACUUCCUCCUCCAGCUCCCUCAACAGGCCCAACAGCCUGACGGGCAUCACCUCCUCCUACAGUCGCUCCUCUAGGGACACUGAGAAAGAAUCAGACAAGAAGCAGCAGCAGGAGGAGGAGAAAGAGGGAGAGGAUAAGUCCCAGCCCCGCUCCAUACGGGAUCGCCGGCGGCCCCGUGAGAAGAGACGCUCCACCGGGGUGUCCUUCUGGACCCAAGAUGGGAGUGAUGACAAUGACCCAGACCAGUCGGCGGACUCAGAGGAAGGCAGCAUCAAGGGUGAACCUCAGAGUGACCGACUGUCCAGGAAUGAAAGCAGCACUUCCUCUUCCGACCGAUAUGACCACCUGGGUAGCCGUGGCGAGGGUCGCAGGUCAUUCUCAAGCAGGCUGGACCGAGACGAUAGCACUGACUACAAGAAGCUUUAUGAGCAGAUCCUAGCAGAGAAUGAGAAGCUGAAGGCCCAGUUACGUGACACAGACCUGCAGCUGACUGACUUGAAGCUACAGCUGGAGAAGGCCACACAGAGGCAGGAACGCUUUGCUGACCGGUCGCAGCUUGAGAUGGAGAAAAGGGAAAGAAGAGCUCUAGAAAGGAAGAUCUCUGAGAUGGAGGAGGAACUCAAGACGCUACCAGACUUGAAAGCAGACAACCAGAGACUAAAGGACGAGAACGGAGCUCUUAUUCGAGUCAUUAGCAAGCUUUCCAAGUAGAACAGACCCCCUCCCCGCCCUCCUGCACCCGCCCACUCCUCCAUGGCAGUGACUAAUGGAAUUGCAACUUUUAGGUAUUAAUUGCAAGAGACAUCAGCAACAGGAAGCCUCCUUCUCUCAGCUCUUCUAUCCCUCGCUCCUCUCCUCUACCACCACCACAGCAUCCUCCCAUCCAUUUCCUCCCUCUCUCCAUUAGGUUAUUAUCCACUUCAACCUGUGGCUGCUCUCCAGAUAGAACCACUGAGUUUACAUUAGCAAAGGAAAGGGUUGUGAACGGCAUGUAAAAGCCUUUGCGGGCGGGGAAGCCUCAACUAUUUAACCAAUAAGCCUUAGUUGUACAUAAAACACUUGUAUCGAUCUCUCGGCUGUCACAGAAGAACAGUUAUUUCACCUGAUUUUAUUUGUGCCACAAACUCUUAUUUCAUCUUUUUGUUUUCAUUUCCUGUUUGUUCCUCGACCUACAUACAAGGGUUGUGCGAUGUGUAGUUGUCCUGUUCUUUCUGACCCCCCCCCCCUCCCCCAGAAGAAGUCCCACCCUGUUUUUGGAGGCUCUGUCGCCCAGCAGAAUACUUCCCAGUUGUACCCUGUCUUAGUGCACACAACCUCCCACCCCCAUCCCUACCCCGACACACACCACACGCACACACCUCUAUCCACGCCACCCACCCCCUUUCCAUUUCUGUACCUUUGUGUGUCUCCUUCAGAGGUAAAUGGAAUUAUCGCUUUACGGAACAGGUGGACUUGGUGGAAUUUAAGCUUUCACUGUAUGUGCAAUAUGCAUUUAUUUCUAAUAAAAAUGCUUUAAUGAUGAGUCCAUCACUAGUAGGAUUUUCACUCCUCUUCCAUCUUUCCAUCGCUCACCCCUUUCACCGACCCUCACCCCCCUCUUUUCUUUAAGUUUGUAGUGUAGUCGUUGGUUUAUACUCUGUAUUUCUCACUUCGUUUUAGCAGGUACAGAGUGAUGCUGUAUGUAUUGUUUGAGACCAGCACAUGGCAUGCAUUUAUGAUUCCCGUCUGUUACUAUUAAAAAUAUACAAACUCCAGAGGACAAAAAAAGUGUGUUUUUAACUAUUUUCUUCAUUUAUAGUCUAAAGACAUUGGAUUACAAUAGGGCCUCUCUCUUAAAGGGAAUGGCUGGCAGUGUUCAGUUCUUUUUCUUUCCAGUUUUAAGUGUUCGCGGUAAUUGUGAGAUACAAAUAAUAUAAUUGCUUCACUACAUUUGACACAUUGUAUUCAGUAUCUUUGGACGAAUGCGGUUCAUUUUAUUUUCAUUUUUUUUUUUUUUUUUUUAGCCGUAGUAUUAGCCAAGGUGUUGUCACUAAAAGAUCUUAGGUAUUUACAAUGUCUACAUGCACUGUCAAUGCCAUGUGAGGAGUAUUUUAUGUCAGCCACCAUCAAAAUAAAGUCCAUGCAUCAAACACAUUAUGCAUUUCAGUGGCCUUUUAUGGAUACUGUAGUAAAGAAAACACGUUGCUGUAGUUGGACUGUUGGCCAUCUCCUCUUGGUUUACAUUUUUGCUGUUUUUCCUUUUUAAAUUUCCCAUCUUGUAAAAUAGGCGUGUGGCUUCAUUCAUGCGAGCUGUGCUGUGACUACCAACCACUGAAGAGUUCAUUAAAAAUAAACUUGUACAUUGUAAA